AUGACAGCUCUACUCUUCAUUAUCCAAUUCAUUUUUGGAAUAGCUCAAUUUCUUGUGGGAAUUAUAGCAAAUGGAAUCAUUAUAAUGGUGAGUGGCCUUGAAUAUAUCAAGAGGAAAAGGGUGACUGCAUACGACCUCCUUCUGACCAGUCUGGGAAUCUUCAGAAUUUUUUUGCAGGUGUUAGUACUUAUGACUAAUCUGAUACUUUUAUUCACUCUGGAGUCAUAUGUUGUCAAUGAAGUGUUUAUAAUUUUCUUUUUCAUAAAUGAAGUCAAUCUUUGGCUUGCUACCUACCUUUGUGUCUUCUACUGUGUGAAGAUUGCCAACAUUGUCCACCCCUUCUUCCUCUGGUUGAAGAUGAGGAUCUCUAGGCUUGUGCCAUGGUUGAUUCUGUGGUCACUGCUAAUUUCAGCUGCCCUUGCUAUGUUCCACAGCCUACUGUAUUGUCCAGGGGCCAGACAGGAGCUGAGAAGAUUUCUUUUCGGAAAUAUCACUUCCCAAGCUCUUUUCCAGUAUCUAUUUCCAACUCCAAUUCUUGUUGUGGGGUUGGCAAUGCCAUUAUGCAUGUUCAAUGCUGCAUCAUUUCUGCUGAUCUAUUCUCUGUGUACACACACCAGACGGAUGAGAAGCACGGCAACUGGUUUCAGAGACUCAAGCACUGAAGCCCAUAUCUGUGCCAUGAAAUUGGUAUUCUCCUUCCUUAUCCUCUAUUCCUUCUAUUAUGUUGGAAUAAUGACACUGUUUUCUACGAUUCCUGUGCAGAGAAGCCUCUUGUUUAUGUUUUUUUCAGUGGCUGCAUUUUACCCCUCUGGACACUCCGUCAUCUUAAUUCUAGGAAGUUCAAAGCUGAAGCAUUAUACAAGAAAGUUCCUGCUUUCUCCUAAGUGCUGUCUGGGAGAAGGUUCAGCACUAGCCUCUACACAGAACCAAUAA